CCUUGAGGAGUCUUGAGCUGUUCUGAAUCAUGCCUGAACCAGCCAAAUCCGCCCCGGCCCCGAAGAAGGGCUCCAAGAAAGCGGUGACCAAGGCGCAGAAGAAGGACGGCAAGAAGCGCAAGCGCAGCCGCAAGGAGAGCUAUUCCAUCUACGUUUACAAGGUGCUGAAGCAGGUGCACCCCGACACCGGCAUCUCGUCCAAGGCCAUGGGCAUCAUGAACUCGUUCGUGAACGACAUCUUCGAGCGCAUCGCGGGCGAGGCGUCGCGCCUGGCGCAUUACAACAAGCGCUCGACCAUCACGUCCCGGGAGAUCCAGACGGCCGUGCGCCUGCUGCUGCCCGGGGAGCUGGCCAAGCACGCCGUGUCCGAGGGCACCAAGGCCGUCACCAAGUACACCAGCGCCAAGUGAACAGAUAUAGAAAUGAGAAUACAAAGCCCGAAUUCGUGGAAAAAGCAGAGGGAUUGGGACAGGGGAUGAGUCGUAGGCAAUAGUCCAUUCCCAGAUGAAACUUUGUGAAAACUAAGUGUUUUUUGGAAACAACAAAGUUGAAAAGAUAACCGGCCAAUUUAUCCUAUUACUCAGAAAAUUAAACUGCUUAAGCCAUACACAAAUCAGGAAAAUAAAUCAAAUUUUCAUCUGUGGAGUUAUUUGCACCUGGAUGGGGUCCCCUUAUAAAUAAGGCAAGAGUUUAAUCCUUUGCUUGAAAAACUGUUACACUGUAUUUAUGCAUUUAUAUGUACUUAUGUAUUUAUUUAUUUAUGUUUGUUUAUUUUUGAGAGAGACUGAGCACAAGCGGGAGAGGGGCAGGGAGAGAGGGAGACACAGAAUCCGAAGCAGGUUCCAGGCUCCGAGCUGUCACCACAGAGCCCGAUGUGGGGCUUGAGUCAUGACUGGAGCCAAAGUCAGACGCUUAACUGAGGGAGCCACUCAGGCUCCCCUAAACUGUUAUCACUUUAACCUACUUCUAACCAGCUUCAGAAGAAUUGGUUCAAAGCUAACCUAAUACAGUAUGUCAUUUACAAAAGUGUACAUUGUACAUGGUGUUAUAUCUUAUCCCAAAAUACACGCAUUUGUUGCUCAAAUACUUAUGACUAUUUGGCCCAUCUUCCCCAGAGAUCAUAAACCACAAUGAUGCCUUGAACAUUGUGUUAGAUGAACCGGCUGUUUGUAAGAAAUCUUUUUUCAAGCUAUACUAUAUCAAAUGAUAUUUCAUGUUUCUACCGUGCACAUAUUUCUUUGUCAGCUAAUCUACAUCGGUUGUGGAAAUCGAGGCACCCAUUCCCCAGGGAGUUAAUAGAGACACGCUGACAAAGUCCAUUGAAAGAUGCAUGACCCUCUAUCUAGAUACCUAUGCGGAUAUCUGUUCUUCAACUCUAUCUUUGGUACGUUAAAGCUCAUUCCAUUAUAACUUUUGUCAAUUUUAUUUUCAAGUUUUGAUGAUACAUGGCAAAUACCCAGUUCAUAAUAACCAUAUUUCCAAAGUAUUGAUUUGAACGACUUAUGCUGAGCUUUAAUUUCGAAGAACCACUUUUCCUGAUAUUGUCCCCAAAUGUUGGAUAUGCAACCCUGUUUAGGGUCUGCAUUCCAUGAAGGCCUAUGCCUUCUGCCCAUAAGUCUAGAACGGAAUUUUUGAAUUUUAAGAACACUGUUUGGCAUACCUGAAGCAUUUGUUUUGCACAUUACUAGUAUUUUCUCCAGUCUUUGCAAAUGUAUUGCUUCACCCUCACUGUGGAAACGAUACUAUUUGUUUGACAUCGGGACACCAGAAGAACACGUUGUUUGUCCUUCUGCUAUUACUUGUACACCAUCAGAUCGACAAAACUAUGACGUAUACAUCGGUACUUGAUCGUCAGGAGGAAGUGAUACACGCAAGGCUCGGCCUGACCAAGUGCUGAAGGAGGAAAAUAAUUUUUAGAGCAAGUAGCUCACACCCCAAUUAUUUCUACUUCUGAAACAUAGUUAUGCUUUUUGCUAUUUUUCAAUAGCCUGAGGACUUUUCCUAUCAAUACCUGAUUGAGAAACACUACCUAGGUUUGAAACGAGGCCCUGCCACUUGAAAUUUGCAUUUACACAUGACUUUAAUUUCUGUCGCUUUCUUCCUCAUUUCCAAAGGGGGAUUUGGUAGUGCUUCUCGUGAAUUAAUAUCUUCAAAAAAAAAUUUUUUUUUUGCCAUUUAUUUAUUAUUGAGAGACAGAGAGACACAGAGCACGAGCAGGGGAGAGGCCGAGAGAGGGAGACACAGAAUCCGAAGCAGGCUCCACGCUCUGAGCCGUCAGCACAGAGCCCGACGCGGGGCUCGAACCCACCAACCGUGAGAUCAUGACCCGAGCCAAAGUCAGACGCUUCACCGACUGAGCCACCCAGGCGCCCCUUGUGAAUUGCUGUGUUAACAAUGUGUUGCAUAUAGUAAGCCUUCAACAUAUUUGAGCUAAUACCACUGCUGACACCAGUCAAAAGGGCAGUAUUAGAACGAGUAAUAACAACGUCCCGCUCAAAAGUACCCAUGAAAGACAACAGAAAAGAGAGGAGAAUGGCGUCUCAUUGUCUGGUUUUGCUGGAAAGAGAGGUGAUCUAAGAUAUCGAGCUAAACUGAUGUAUGUGUGUCUGGCUGGGCAAGGGUUUGAAGGGGACAAAAGUGGAGGUUUGGGGACAAAUUUGGGGGACGAGUGAUAUGGAUGGACUCAGAAUGGUCCCAGAGUGUAAGAAUGACGUUGGCCCUUGUGGAUGCGAACCCACAGGUGUGUCCUUCCGAGGAGGCUAUCGGUACUCAGGCAUACGACAGCCACCAAGUGCAAGUCACGAAGUUUCUUUUUCUCAACACCCUUCCUACGGCCCCAGCAAGGUGGCCAGGGUGAUGCUGCUGGAGGUUACCCACAAGCUCUUUGGUAUAGACUUAGCUCACCAGAGUUGACCUGGAUCCUGGCACUGCUAAGUGACCCAUGUGCCGGGACCGCUCUUCCUGGAUCCAUGUUGUCAUGGAUGAGGCAGCUAUUGGACUUCACUGACACAGACACUUACUCUAGAUUUGGUGUGUUUCACCUUCUCUCAUGCCGUCGCUGGCAAGAUUAUCCAUGAACUUCCUGAAUACUUUGUGCCUCUAUCUCACAGCAUUCAGGUCAUUUUAGAAAAAGGGUCAGGCAAUGGGAAGAUGGCAUGGGACUCGCCAGUCUUCAUGGGCACCACAUCCUUCAUGAGCACAGCCUUACCAGUUACUGGGAGACUCUGUUAGAGUGGCAUCUAGGAGUUUGGCAAGUUAUUGGAGUCCCAUUCAACUGGAUAAUGUAUAGGUACCGAAGAGUGACAAAUAGGCAUAAUUUCUGCCAUUGCCAAAACACAUUGGCCAAAGAACAAAGAGGCAGAAAGGGGGUAGUCCCUCUGCUCUUAGGGUUAAUCACCAGCUCAAAAGACACCCACUUUCCAUCCUUGCAUCUCAGGGCUCUCUCUUUUGAGUUUAUUGGAUUUUCGGUUUUUUUUGUUCUUAAAAGCUUUAGUACUCAAAGGAGGAAUAUGUCUGCCAGCGGAGACUGAGAUCACACUGUUAAAUUUUAUUGAUUUACAAAAAAUGAGCCAUUUCCGAUAUAAAGUUAAAACAAUUUUAAUUAGAUUCACGGACUGGCUUAAGAGACAUAUGGGAAGGGGGAACCCGGGUGGCUCAGUUGGUUAAGCAUCCGACUUUGGCUCGGGUCAUGAUCUCACAGUUUGUGGAUUCGAGGCCUGCGUCGGGCUGUGUGCUGACGGCUCAGAGCCUGGAGCCUGCUUUGGAUUCUGUGUCUCCCUCCCUCUCUCUCUGCCCCUCCCCUGCUUGCGCUCUGUUUCUCUCUCUCUCUAAAAAAUAAACAUUCAAAAAAAUUAAAAAAAAGAGAAUGAGAGAGACAUGUGGGAAGUCUUGAGGACUUUGGGCUUUCGGAUUCCUCUGUUUCUCAAUCUUGUAUAAGUUUUUGUUUUCCUUCUUCCCUCCCACACCCUCUGUUUUUAAGAGGGACAGGCAGGCACAUGGAACAGAGAACGUUGGAGUGUUCUUUAAAAGUCCAUCAUAAAAAAGAUACAAUGAAAGCCGGUCGACUUAGUCUCAGAAACCUUCAAGUACAAGUUAAACUACACUGAUCUAAGUUACUACAAAAUUCAUAAGUACACAAAUAAAGUUUUAAUAAUUCUUACGAAUGGGUCACUUGGUGAAACGGUUUUCAGAUAACCGAGCUGAAAAAAAAAAAAAAUUGUGCUGUCUACCCAGUCUCCUCCUGUGAGAUUUCACGUGUGUAGUUGGCUAUUUAACCUAAUCUCUGGUGUUUCUUUCCUUCUCCUUUACUGUUUUAUUCAUGGUGUCUUGGUGCCACAUAACUCUACAGGUGACACAGUAUACAUAUGGCCUCACCGUGGAACCAGAAGAACAGUGGAUUCGGGAUUACGAGCUAUUUUCUAUAACUGAACUGAUUCUGCCUCUGCUCUUAGGAUAUGACUGAGACAUGCAAAACGAGAACAUCGUCACUGUCAUGGAAAAGCAAUAUGUGGAAAAGAGUGUAUUUUGGUCUUUGGCCAAGGUUUACUUCUCAAUUUACACGAAUUAAUUGAAUUUCUAUGUAACCACAAACUUUUUCACACAUUACUAAAUAUAUGUAAUAGAACCAUAUAAUAGCUGCUGUAAAUAUAAUGGGUCAAGAAGAAA